AUGGCGGACCCACCCGCGGGGCCUCCCGAGGCCACGCCCACAAACACCCAGGAAACCACCAAUUUCUCAGUCGAGGAUUUCCAGCCUAGGGUGACCAAUAUCCCAACGCGAGUCACAAGAAAGAGAGGACGACUCAACGAGAGCUAUGCUUCUGAAGAGGGCACCGGCCGGAUCACCACCAGGGAGGUGUGGAAGCUUAUCGACGACCUGAAGGACAUCAUCCACCACCAAACCGCACUCAUCGAAUCUACCAAAGCCGAGCUACAGGAGGUCAAACACGACCAAAACGUCUUUCACGAACAGAACCAGAAACUCCAUGAAGAAGUCAAAGCCUUGAGUGCACAACUUGAUACUUCCCCACCGGCGCCCUCGGCUAGAUCGUGGGCUGCCGUAGCAGCCAGCUCGGGCAAUGCGAACCCUCAGCCGAGCUACCAACGCCCUGACAAGGACCAGAAGUGCGUUCGGAUCAGCACCCAGCGGUCAUUCGUAGAUCCAGAGGACAACCAGGCCAACGAUGGGAACGCCUUUGGCCGAUACCUCCCCACCGACUCUGCAAACUCCUACAUUCGUACAGCCCUGUUGAGUGCACCAGCUACGCAAGAUGCACAGGUCGCCGGGAUUGGCACCACUAAAACCGGAUAUGUGAUUCGCUUUAAGAACCAAACGUCAGCAGAGGCUGCUCGAAACAACACUGAAUGGUUGAACGAACUAGGAAACAACACAAAACUGGUAAAGCCAAGGUUCGGCGUCGUCGUACACCGUACCCCAACAGAAGACUUCGAUUUGGAAAAUGCCAAUACGGAAGCUAUCACGAAGAUUAUGGAAGAAAACGACCUAGCAGAGCAGGGAUUUCAAAUCGAAGAGUUGGCUUGGCUCAAGCGGAAGGACAAAGUGCUAGGGAAAUUCGCAUCGCUCGGCAUCUGGUUUGACUCGGCAGAGGGAGCCGAAUACAUCCUCAAUAACGGCCUCCUUGUUGGCCAAAGACAGAUCGGCAGCGUUGAACGCCGUGAAAUCAAGAAAAAGAGAUGCUUCCGGUGCCAACGUUUCGGACACCUGGCAUGGUCGUGCAAGGAGACACCACGCUGCGGCCACUGUGCCGGCCAACACCUUCGUGAACACUGCCCAUCCGGCGUACGGCCGCGAUGCCUUGACUGCAGCGGUGAGCAUCCAACCGGCGAUCAUCAGUGCCUGACCCCCGCAACUUUCAACCCCUCGCAAUGUUAG